UUCUGGUUGCGCCCCUAAAAUUUUCAGUUAGGGGCCACUGUGCUCCUAGUGAAAAAAGUUAGUCUGGAGCCCUGUAUAUAUGGUAAAAGUGGUAUAAAUGGUAAAAGUGGUAAACAUGGUGAAAGUGGUAUAUAUGGUGAAAGUGGUAUACAUGGUGAAAGUGGUAUAUAUGGUAAAAGUGGUAUAUAUGGUAAAAGUGGUAUAUAUGGUGAAAGUGGUAUAAAUGGUAAAAGUGGUAUACAUGGUAAAAGUGGUAUAUAUGGUGACAGUGGUAUAAAUGGUAAAAGUGGUAAACAUGGUGAAAGUGGUAUAAAUGGUAAAAGUGGUAUAUAUGGUAAAAGUGGUAAACAUGGUGAAAGUGGUAUAUAUGGUAAAAGUGGUAUAAAUGGUAAAAGUGGUAAACAUGGUGAAAGUGGUAUAUAUGGUGAAAGUGGUAUACAUGGUGAAAGUGGUAUAUAUGGUAAAAGUGGUAUGUAUGGUGACAGUGGUAUAAAUGGUAAAAGUGGUAUAUAUGGUAAAAGUGGUAUAUAUGGUGAAAGUGGUAUAAAUGGUAAAAGUGGUAUACAUGGUAAAAGUGGUAUACAUGGUAAAAGUGGUAAACAUGGUAAAAGUGGUAUACAUGGUAAAAGUGGUAUACAUGGUAAAAGUGGUAUACAUGGUAAAAGUGGUAUACAUGGUAAAAGUGGUAUAAAUGGUAAAAGUGGUAAACAUGGUGAAAGUGGUAUAUAUGGUGAAAGUGGUAUACAUGGUGAAAGUGGUAUAUAUGGUAAAAGUGGUAUAAAUGGUAAAAGUGGUAAACAUGGUGAAAGUGGUAUAAAUGGUGAAAGUGGUAUACAUGGUGAAAGUGGUAUGUAUGGUAAAAGUGGUAUAAAUGGUAAAAGUGGUAAACAUGGUGAAAGUGGUAUAUAUGGUGAAAGUGGUAUACAUGGUGAAAGUGGUAUAUAUGGUGAAAGUGGUAAACAUGGUGAAAGUGGUAUAUAUGGUGAAAGUGGUAAACAUGGUGAAAGUGGUAUAUAUGGUAAAAGUGGUAUACAUGGUAAAAGUGGUAUAAAUGGUAAAAGUGGUAAACAUGGUGAAAGUGGUAUAUAUGGUAAAAGUGGUAUAAAUGGUAAAAGUGGUAAACAUGGUGAAAGUGGUAUAUAUGGUGAAAGUGGUAUACAUGGUGAAAGUGGUAUAUAUGGUAAAAGUGGUAAACAUGGUGAAAGUGGUAUAUAUGGUGAAAGUGGUAAACAUGGUGAAAGUGGUAUAUAUGGUGAAAGUGGUAAACAUGGUGAAAGUGGUAUAUAUGGUGAAAGUGGUAUACAUGGUGAAAGUGGUAUAUAUGGUAAAAGUGGUAAACAUGGUGAAAGUGGUAUAUAUGGUGAAAGUGGUAAACAUGGUGAAAGUGGUAUAUAUGGUGAAAGUGGUAAACAUGGUGAAAGUGGUAUAUAUGGUAAAAGUGGUAUACAUGGUAAAAGUGGUAUAAAUGGUAAAAGUGGUAAACAUGGUGAAAGUGGUAUAUAUGGUAAAAGUGGUAAACAUGGUGAAAGUGGUAUAUAUGGUGAAAGUGGUAAACAUGGUGAAAGUGGUAUAUAUGGUGAAAGUGGUAAACAUGGUGAAAGUGGUAUAUAUGGUAAAAGUGGUAUACAUGGUAAAAGUGGUAUAAAUGGUAAAAGUGGUAAACAUGGUGAAAGUGGUAUGUAUGGUAAAAGUGGUAUAAAUGGUAAAAGUGGUAAACAUGGUGAAAGUGGUAUAUAUGGUGAAAGUGGUAUACAUGGUGAAAGUGGUAUAUAUGGUAAAAGUGGUAAACAUGGUGAAAGUGGUAUAUAUGGUGAAAGUGGUAAACAUGGUGAAAGUGGUAUAUAUGGUGAAAGUGGUAAACAUGGUGAAAGUGGUAUAUAUGGUGAAAGUGGUAUACAUGGUGAAAGUGGUAUAUAUGGUAAAAGUGGUAAACAUGGUGAAAGUGGUAUAUAUGGUGAAAGUGGUAAACAUGGUGAAAGUGGUAUAUAUGGUAAAAGUGGUAAACAUGGUGAAAGUGGUAUAUAUGGUGAAAGUGGUAUACAUGGUGAAAGUGGUAUAUAUGGUAAAAGUGGUAUACAUGGUAAAAGUGGUAUAAAUGGUAAAAGUGGUAAACAUGGUGAAAGUGGUAUAUAUGGUAAAAGUGGUAUACAUGUUAAAUGUCAUUUUAUAGGUGUCAUUAUCACUGUUUAAUAGGACACCCUGCAGCCAAUCAGAAACAACUAUUCACUCUGACCGUUCUAUAAUGUUGGCGACAUGUAAACGUUUCAGGGUAACACUAAUAUAGUAGGUAAUGAAAAUAUUC